UUAAAAAUGAUAAUGAUAAAAGAUAUUUAUAUUUGGCUUACAGAUAUCACCAGUGGUGUCAUUGAAGUCAUAUACAACGAUGUUGUAUGCAAGACUGUCAAUAUAGUAAAAUGAAUUGUUGGAAUGACUCCAAACAAGACCAUUGCUAAGGCUGACUGGAGUUAUCAUUGUCGUUGGAGUACCAUUGUAUGCGAAUCUGUACACUGAAGCUUGAUCCGGUGGGUGGGCCUGUCUGCUGCCAAUGAGCAUUGUUCCGGCCCAAAAUCUGCCUCUUGGGUCGACUUUUCCAUCAUUAAAUCUUGUAUCUGGAACACCGAUAUCAACUCUUGAAAGAACUUCAAUUCGAGGGUUUCUAUUGGUGACUUACAUUUUAAGGAAUACUUUGAAUAUUCUGCAAAAAGAUGUGCGCAUGCGCAGUAAAACCGCGAACCGCGCGCGCAUAUAA